AUGCCGUCUCGCUAUCCUCCGGCUAACUCGGACUCCUCUCAAAAAGCUCCCGCAUCUUCACGAGUGCAACAUACAGCACGUACCAGAACUACAGGCUCAGAGGACGAAGAUGAAGAGGUGCGUCCACCAAAGAAGAAGAGCACCAAGGCACAUCUGGAUCGAGAACCGGCUGACCACCGCAAGAAGAGAGCACUUCCAGCAAAAGAAAGCAGUGACGAAGACGACAGCAGUGAUUCAGGUAAGGAGGACGACGAAGAUAAUGGCUACUCACACGCGAAUAAGGAUACUGAUGAAGAUGAGGAGGUGGAGCUAGGUGAAGGUGAGAUGGAGAUCGAAGCCGAGAAUGAGGACGACAACGAGAAAGAGGACAAGGCCCAUGCCCGAGGGCACAAGCGCGGAAGCACUGAGCUGGAUGAUCAGUCCGACUCAGUGUCACAUAAACGCCGUCGCACCAAGAAGCUUGUGAGGGGUAUGGCCGAAAGACGUGAUCCGAAGUAUGAAUUCGAAGCAAAUACAGGCUUUUACUGA